UUUGAAUCUACCAGUUUGUUAUUUGAUUCACUAAAAUUAUCAAAUAAUUCAAAUAAAACACACAUUACAUCUCCAAAACAAUGUCCCAUAUUUGGACAUUUGCACCUGAGUCUCAAUCGUUACUUCAGCGCUGUUUAAAUGCCGCCUCACUGCCAGAUCCAAACAAUAAAUGGUUGCAGACAUUCGGCCCUCAAAACUUGGAUUUAAUUAAUAAAACUAAUGAUACUAUCAUCGUAACCGAUUCUCCAGAAUGUGCUCCGGCCCCUGAGACACAAGAAAACAUAGAUGACAACCUCACAAUUGAUAUAGAGCAGUUUCUAGAUCCCGAUGUUGACAUACUAUCAAAAAUCGACGAAUUAGUUGAAAAAUGUCUUAAAACACCAAAAAUACUUGUCAAACUUGCUGAAACCUUACCUACAAGUGUAGCAGAGAAGCUUAUUGAACAUAUUAUAAGCGUAGAAGAGCUGAAAACAGAUUUUUUACAAAUAUUUUAUAAGUAUUUCAUACCAGCUUAUAUUAAGCGAGAAAACUCAAGAUUUUGCACCGAUAUCCUGUUAAAAACACAUGCUAAAUAUCCUCAGUUACUCAAAAUUACAUUAAAAAUUAUUUUAAAAGAUGUAGAAAUAGAAAAUAAUGUAAUAAAUGACUUUUUUACGAAUUUAAAUAGCGAUGAACUAACAAAGUUACUAGAAUUCAUUUCAGAUGUAGAUUUCAGCCCAGAGCAGUAUACACAUAACUUGUUUAGUUUAUAUACAGCUUAUAAAUCAUGUACAAAGACAGAGAACAUACAAAAUUAUAUGUUUACUCUACUCAAACAUUGUAACAACUUCAGCUCGAGUGACAAAAACUAUGGUAAACUUAUGUUGGUAUUUUUACAGCAAGAAAAAGGUUUGAAAAAGAAUAUUGAUGUCUUGUUAUUAGAAGAACUUGUAGAAAGACAUAAGACUCCUUUUAAAAGACCUUGCUUAUCUAUAUUAAAUGAAAUAAAGACGUAA